AUGAACUCCGCUCCUCCCUCUAAGAUUAGAAUUGUCCAUUUAGCCGAUAUUCAUAUUAAGGAUAGUCGGCGCGAAGAGUACGCGUUGGUCUUUCAAAGAUUAUAUAAAAAAUUAGGCGAGUUAGUUCCCGAUAUCAUUGCUAUUUGUGGGGAUAUAUUUCAUGAUAAAACCAAAGCCACUGCCCAUAAUUAUUCGGAUGUGGAAGCUUUUUUAGUAGCCUUAACAACCCUAGCCCCCGUAGUUCUUAUUCCCGGUAAUCAUGAUUUAAAUGUUAAAGUUCCUGGUGCUCCGGAUUUAAUUUCUCCU